CAAGCAGACAGCCUGCCCCAUGUGCUGGAGCCCAGCCGGCACCACGUGGGGCACCAGGCUGAACCUUCCCUCCUGCGCUUUGAAGCCAAGCGGGAGGCUCACCUGGCCCAUCAGGCUGUCUAGAGGACCUCAAGCCUUCCUGCUGGAGCACCACAAAGCCCACAAGAUGGCGAUGCAUGGAUGGGCUCAGCAGCGAGGCUGAGGAGGGGAUGGAGCUGGGGAAGGGCCAAGACCAAGCCCAGCCCCAGCCCCAUGCGGACGACCCACUGCCAAUGCCACCGCCACUUCUCGUGCCCACGGGGAGAACCGUGAGACCCACCCCAGCCAGCCACACCCACCCGGAGAAGAAGAAAUGGCCCGCUCUCUGCCCAGCAGCACGUGCCAGACGCAGGGUGGUGCUGCAGGCCCCAGAGGUGUCCUCAGGCACCAAGCCAGAGGGCGGCGGCAGUCUCCUCCUCCUCCUCCCCCCGCCCCCGCCAGCAGGUCCCAGCCCAGGCGGCCAUUUCCCCACGAGGCAGAGCCCCCAAGGCAGUUACUCGGCAGCCAGCACAAAGGCCAACAGCACCGAGCAGCAACCCUCCUCUUCAGCGUGGGUUCAACACAACGGCCAGCACCAGGGAGGGGGGCGGCAGCUGCUACCAGAGAGAGUCAGCCAGCCAGAGUUGAAGCUGGAGCUGGAAAGAGUCCUGGAUAAAGCCAGAAGAGUUGAAGAAGAGAGUCCAAGUCGGCUGAAGCUGCAGUCCAAGCUGGAAAGGAGAGAGACUACAGAGCUGAAGAAGUGCGGGCAGAGAGAGAGGUGAAAUCUCUGCAGAGCUGAAGUCACACAGAACUGGGAAAGAACAGAAUCGGAGGCUGAAUUGAGGAAAAGCGAUGCUAAAGGUGAUCACCAAGGACUCUGGAGUUGGGGCUCAGAGGGAGUCAGGUUAGGGGGUGAAUUUUGACCACGUGUUGUUUGGUCCCUAUGCUCUUUUGGUUGAUGGUGGUGGAUGUUGUUAGUACUGAACUCCAACUUUUAAUUGAA